UGUGUACGUGCAGUGUUUGAGGAUCAUCAUCAUGCGGCGGCGCGUGACACUUUCCUGGAAGGCACGGGUUUGAGAUCACGGGGCGUACCCGUCUCUCUGCACCUUUUGGCUUCCUACCGCUCUGAGACUCCUUGCAGCCCUAACUGUCCUGCCCGCCAAGUUGACCAGCGCUGGCAGCGGGGUUGACCGAUCUGCGAAGUGGAAGACUCGUCGGCGUACUCCAGACCUCCAGCGGCUGAACUUGCGAGAAAGAGGCGAUGGGCUACCUGUCGUUCCUGGACUGCGGGUGCGGCUGGGCGAGUUGCUGCAGCCAGGUGUGGCUGGUGCUGUGGCGCCACGUGUGGCUGUCGCGCGUCCGCCGCCACUACGUGGUCACCCUGCUGGAGCUGGCCGGCAUGCUGCUGCUGAUGAGCUCGGUGUGGGACGACUCCGUGGCGCCGUACCGGGCGAGGCCCCACAGGGACCGGUUCUUCGACACCGCCAAGCCGACCGACUUCUGGGGCCGCCGCAACGAGUCCUGGACCCGCGGCUCGCUCGCCUUCGCGCCGGACCAGCCGUUCUUCGCCGACCUGGUCGUCAGGGUCUGCAAGGCGUUGGGACCGGACUGGAGUCCGAUGCCUUUCCAGGAGGCGGCCGAUGCAGCCCAGUUCGCCGACGAAGGCAGGGCCGAGGCUUGGCCGGCGGACGACGCGCAACGACGCGUGGCCGUGUGGUUCGAGCAGCCGGCGCCCCACCGGCUCACCUACCACGUGCGCUUCCCGGACGCCGACUUCAACAUGCGCCAGGAGCACCGGCUCAGCCUGCUGGUGCCGGGACCCGCCGACGUGGACGACUUCGACGAGAUCAGGCUUCUGCUUCCACUGCAGUAUCUGAUCGAAUCGACUUAUAUAAAUAUGACAGCCGAAUUGCUGAAGAAACAGAUGAACAUAACGUUGGAACUGAUGCGCUUCCCGUACCCGCGGCUCUUCUACGGCUCCGAGGACCACACCCUGAGCCGCGUGGUGCUGCGCUUCGGCAUCGCCUUCUUCGUGCCCUUCAGCGUGCUCGUCAUGAAGCUGGUCCGGGAGAAGCGAGCCGGCACCAGGGAGAUGGUACGCCGCGCGGGGCUGGGUGACCUGGCCUACUAUAUGGGUCAUAUGUUCGACUCUGGCUUCAUCAUUUUCGGCGCCAUCCUGCUGAUGUACGUGCCGCUGUUCGUGUACCGCAACGCCAGCGGCACGGCCUUCCUCGAGCACGUCGACCCGUUGCUCUUCAUGCACGUACUAUGCACGUGCGGAGCGCAGACUAUACUGCACGCCAUGGUGCUCGCCCAGUUUAUCUGGGAGCCCAGCGUGGCGUUCGCGGCGGCCGUCGUCUACUGGCUCGCGAUCUCCAUCAUCCCGUACGCGUGGCUUCAGAACCCGUUCGGGCUCGGAUACUACCUCACGCCGAGAGCGGAGAAGAUGGCCACCGCUCUCAGCCCUUGCAUGCUGCUGCACUGGUGCCUGCGGGCCGUGGAGCGCUUCGAGAAAUACGAGGUCCCUUUGUCGUGGCACAACAUCAACGACAACUACACUACGCUGGACAACGUGAGCGUGGGCUCUCUCAGUGGCGUUGGCAUAUUCGAGGUGGUCGUCAUGGCGGGCGUCGUCUUCUUCCUGGACAACGCGGCCCCCUGGGGAUACGGAGUCCCCAAGCCGCUGUACUUCUUCUUCUCUAUCGACUACUGGACUCCCCUUAAGAAGUGGAACAUUCGGAGCCCGGUGCCGCCCAAUAUCAACCUGGGGUACUUUGAACCUGCUCCCAAGAGCGUCGACGCUCUUGUCAAUAUCAUCGACCUGUGCGCGAAAAAGAAAGGCUGCUGCGACCUGAAGGAUGUCAACCUGACAGUUUACAAACACCAGGUCACGGUCAUCCUCGGGCCGCACGACUCCGGGCACACGACCAUUCUGGACGUUCUCACAGGCAUGGUGGCUCCGACGAGCGGCGAAGCGUACAUAUGCAACUACGACGUCACGGGGCUCUCGGGACUGACGUGGCAGUACAUGAGCGUGUGCCCCGAGGAGAGCGAACUCUUCGACGACCUCACCGUCGGGGAGAACAUGCGCUACUUCCUGUAUCUUCGCGGGGUUUCAGCGGCCGAAGAGCAUUCGUACUUGGAGCCGCUUCUGCUGACGCUGUACAUGAAGCCGUACAGGGACACCCUCGUGUCCGAGCUGUCGCCCCAGAUGAAGCGGGCCCUGUGCCUCUGCAUCGUAUUCGCCGUCUACGCAAACUUCCCUCUGGUGAUCCUGUCCGAGCCGUCGAGGCUGUUGGACCCCAGGACGCGGAGCCACGUGUGGGAGACGCUGGGCCAGAUCGCCGACGUCAACAGCGUCCUGGUCACCACUCAGAGCAUCGAGGAGGCCGAGAUGAUCGCCGACCGGCUCAUCGUCAUGCGGGAAGGGCGCGUCGUGUGCGCCGGGUCGCCCACGUGGCUCAAGAAGAAAUUCGACUCUGGUUUCUGCCUGCGCCUGAGCAGGCUCGCGGACUUCAGGGAACAUGAAGUGAAACGCGUCGUCCAAGACUACAUGGGACCGGUCGAGCCUAGGAGGGUCACCAAGGUCGACGUGGUGUUCAACUUGAGCGAUACUCCCGAGAAAACAACGAAGAUGACUGCGAUGCUUCAGUACCUGGAGAAAAGGCGGAGUAUCCUGGGCAUCUCAGUCAUGAGCCUGUCGUACUGUACGCUCGAGGACGUUUACAUCAAGUUGGUGACUGGCACUGAGGCUAAGGCCAAGAAAAGCAUCGGUGACGGCGUCGUUAACCUUCAGUCGGAGAAGGAAGACGCGGCGAAAAAGAAACGAGACUCGCAGGCCCUGGCGCAGCUGUGCGAGGCCAGGUCGUCGAGGGCCGGCACCGUGUCGGUGCUGUGGGCGCUGCUGCGCAAGCGGACGCUGCUCUGGGCGCGCGUCUGGUGGACCAGGCUGUUCUCCCUGGCCAUCCCUGUGGCGUGCAUGCUGCUGCUGGUGCUGUGCGAGCGUCUCAUGCUGCCGCAGACGGAGCCGAACAGCAGCCCCUUCACCUACGAGCCCGAAGGCGUCUACGAUUCCUCGUACGGCUUCAUCGAGAGCGACAACUCGAGCUUGGACUUCAGUGACAACGUGCUACUGCCGCUGCUGUCCGAGCACUCGGUACACACGUUCGCGCCGACAAGCAAGUUUGUGGAACGCGAGCUGCUGUUCUGGGCCAAGGACAUGUACGCCUACCUGUACGAGUACCAGUACGGAAUCAGCACCUUCGAGAACAGCAGGCUGUUCGUCUGGUUCAACGGCCAGUGCCCGCCCAGCGCCGUGAUCGGUGUGAACCUGUUGCACACGGCACUUCUGAGCAACCUGACGGGAAGCAAGGACUCGCACAUCACGCUGGUCAACUGGCCCCCCGUGAGCGAAGACUACGUGGCCAAGACGGAGUUCGAGAAGCUCUACGGAAAGCUGACGCUCAAGGACGGUCGUGACACCCUGGGCUACGAGACGCAGCUGUUUCCGACGCGGAACUUAAUGACGCGCGUGUUCUACGCGUUCUUCGUGUCGCUGGCGAUGAGCUUCUACGCGGGCAGCCACGUGUUUGCGCCGAUGGUCGAGUCGGGCUGCGGCUUCCAGCACAUGCAGCUCAUGACCGGCAUGUCGGGCAUGAUGUACUGGAUGGGACACUUCGUCUUUGACAUGUUCAUGGCGCUCUGGAACAGCAUCACGCUUGCCUUCAUCAUAUUUAUCGGCCACCCGGAAAUCGCCCAUCCGUACCACCUUGCCAUCCUGGCUCUGUUCGUCGCCAACGCAUUCUCCAGCCUGCCCCUGGCGUACCUGUUCUCCAAGAUGUUUUCCGAACCAGUUUGGGCCUUCACCUACAUGGUGUUAGGCCUGUUCCUCGCAGGUAUAGUGGGCUCGCUGGGCGUGGAACUGCUGCAAGUGCUCGUGCAAGAGGACCCGUCGACGGCUGCCACCGUGGUGCUGUUCGUUUGGGGCUACGUGUGUCGCUGGUUCCCGACGUACACCCUCGUGCGGGGCAUCUUCAAGGUCAUCCUGCUGUCCAGGCUGAACGCCAUUUGUCUCACCGGCGGUGAACUGCUCGCCGAGGCCUGCCGCGACGUACACUACUCGUCGGACACGAGGAUAUCCCGCUGCUGCGAAGCUUUUCAGCGAAACGCCACCGCGCCGCUUCUUCGUCCGCUUCAGCCGUUCGACGAGACCGGCUUCUACGAGCUCGUCAGCAUGGUGGCCCAGGGCGUGCUCUACAUCGCGCUGCUCGCUCUGGUUGACUCUCAAGUGAUUUACAGCCUCCGCUGGUAUGCGGCUCGCCGCCUUCAGGGCAGUGAGCAACCCGAUGAGUUGGCCGAACUGCACGGACCUCGGCUCGUUGUCGUUUCCUUGGAUACUGAAGUUGAGCGGGAGGUGGAUGAGGUCAACCGGCUGUGCAGCACAAGAAAGUUCAGCGACAUCGUCAUUGCUGUCCGUAGCCUGCAAAAGAUUGUCGGCUUUGUCAACCCGGUGAAACUCGUGGACGGCGUGAGCCUCGCCCUGAAGAAAGACGAGUGCGUCGGCGUCGUCGGCAUCAACGGCUGCGGCAAGAGCAUGCUGCUGCAGACCCUGGUCGGCGUUCGGGUGCCGACCGACGGCGACGCGCACACGCCCCUGCUGUCGAUGGUCACCGACGUCCGCGGCUGGCAGCGGGGCAUCGGCUACGUGGUCGACCGCGUCCCCAAGGACAGCAUGCCGGCGCUGACCGUGGGCGAGCUGCUGGACACCGUGGCCAGGCUGCGGGGCGUCGCCAGGAGGCGCCAGGCGGUGACGAGCAUACUGACGCUCACGGGAAAGCUCCACGAGGACCAGAUGGCCAACGAGUGCAGUCGUGGUGAGCUCAAGAUGCUGCUCAUCGCUUGUGCGGCCAUCGGCGUCCCUCCCGUGUUGCUGGUGGACGAGCCGUGCUCGGACGUGGAGCCGCUCUAUCGCAACGAGAUCAUCCGCAUGCUGCAGCGCCUCAAGGACAGCCAGGCCAUGGCGUUCAUCCUGACCUCGUACCGCAUGUCCCACUUCGAGCUGCUCUGCGACCGUGUGGCCGUCAUGGAAUCGGGCAAGGUUGAGGCUAUGGGCGACGGGUUGCAGAUGGACCAGAAGUACGGGCGCUGCUACAGCGUCGCCUUCAAGCUGCCUGCCGAGAAGCGCAACAGCGUCACCCUGAUCAACCGUAUCUAUUUUGCGAUGAUGGAGCUUCACCAGUGCACCUACAUGUACAGCUAUAGGGGCACGAUGCUGUUCUACGUGGGCAAGUCGUACACCAGAUGGGGCGAGCUGUUCGCGACGCUCGUGGCCCUGAAGGAGGCCGAGAAGCUGCCCGAGUUCUCCGCGAGCGACAUGACGCUCGAGCAGAUCUACGUCGGCCUCUCGCGGCGCCAGAUCCUCUUCUCGGGCGCGCGGACCGGCGCGAAGUUGAGCGGCAUGCCGUCCAGCGUGGAGAACCCCCCGGUGCCCGGCGAGGACGACCAGAAGGGGAAAUAAAAGCGGCCCUCCUUUUCUGGCUGCUCUCGCCGAACCUCCAGUAUGCACUGUGGACUCGAGAGCCGUGCUGGAGAGCAUAAAGUUAACGCAAUUACAAAUGCAUGUUACAUGUGUUGAAUAAAGGGAAAAUCGGACAUC